AUGGCUCAGGUCAUCACCGGUGUUCUCCGGCGCCGGAUCCGGGUAAUCGCGUCAAUUGGACCCGCGGUUCCUGCCAUUUGGGUGAGCCAGCCUUACCUGGCAAUCUUGGGGGCGUUUCGUCUUGCUGCGUGGCAGAAAGGCUCGAAUCCACGCCGACCUGGUGCGCGAGGUCGACCACUUCGACUGCCUGCCGGAUUCGCUCGUCCUGCUGAUCCUGAACAAGGUCGAGGACGUGCGAUCGCUCGGCCGGUGCUACGCCGUGUCCAAGCGCCUCUGUGGGCUUGUUCCCUUGUCCAUGAUGUGUAUGUCAAGAUUGACCGCGUCGUGGCGGUCGACGGCGACGCUGAGGACACGCUCAACCUGUCCUCGCCAAAGCCUCGGAACAUCUUCUCGCACUUCCUGAAGCUGAUGCUCCUCACAAUCAUCAAGCCGUUCCACAACAUGCGCAACCCUAAUGGUACUGGGAGGCCAUUGUUCUGCAGCUCUCGCAGCACUCCGCCAGCACAGGUGCUCAGGAACUUCACGCACGUCAGGAAUCUUCGGAUUGAGCUCCCCUCUGGGGAUGUGGGAUAUGAAGGUGACGAAGAAAUGAGAGGUUCAGAAACUCUCCAGUACGAUCUAGGUACUCUGCGGGCUGCCACCGAUAACUUUUCAGAAGAAAAUAUGCUCGGGAAAGGCGGUUUUGGACCGGUCUACAAAGGCACGAUGCAAAAUGGGCAGGAAAUUGCAGUGAAGAGACUGUCAACAAUCUCACAGCAAGGACUAGUGGAAAUGAAAAACGAGAUUGUCCUCGUUGCAAAGCUCCAACACAAGAACUUGGUGCGCCUACUCGGUUUCUGCAUCGAUGAAGAAGAGAAGCUCCUCGUCUACGAGUUCCUCAGCAACAAGAGCCUCAAUAAAAUCCUUUUCGGUGCAUGA